AAUGGCUUCCGUCGAAGCUUUGACCAGUGUAGGUUUCUUAUUGUUUUUAUUUCGUUUAUCCGUCGCUUCAGUACCUGGUGAACGACACGUCAAAUUCCAAUAUAAGCAUAGUUUUAAAGGACCGCAUUUAGUGAAUAAAGAUGGAGCAAUUCCUUUUUGGAAUCACGGAGGAAGUGCUAUCCCCAGCGAUGACCAGAUUAGAUUGACUCCUUCAAUGACUAAUAAAAAAGGUUAUGCCUGGACAAAAAGCACCUUUCCUCAUGAGUGGUGGGAAAUAGAAGUAGCCUUGAAAGUAACUGGAAGAGGGAGGCUUGGUGGAGAUGGUGUGGCCAUUUGGUUUACAGAAACUGCAGGCAUUGAAGGUCCUGCAUUUGGAAAUACUAACACAUGGAAAGGUCUUGGUGUUUUCCUUGAUUCAUUUGACAAUGAUCAGCAGGGAAAUAAUCCAUUCAUUUCAGUAAUGUUAAAUGAUGGAAAUCAGAUUUAUGAUCAUAACAAAGAUGGACAGGAUCUUCAACGAGGUGGCUGCUUACGAGAUUUUCGUAAUCGACCAAACCCAGUUAGACUUAGAAUACGCUAUUAUGAGAAUGUGCUCACGGUGUGGGUACAUAUGGGAAUGACCCCUAAACCUGAAGACUUUGAGCUCUGCACUCGUCUUGAAAACAUAAGCCUGGCCAAAAAUGGCUUCUUUGGUGUAUCUGCAGCUACAGGUGGCUUAGCAGAUGACCAUGAUGUUCUUUCUUUUAUUACCCACUCACUCACUCCACCUAAGGACACACAGGGUGAAACAGGAAUGAGUGAAGAAGAGCAAAAGAAGCUUGCAGAGCAGUAUGAAGAAUACCAAAAGAAACUGGAGCAACAAAGAGAGGAGUACAAGACAGCUCACCCUGACAAAGUCAAGAAAUCUGAAGCAGAGUAUGAGAGUGCUUAUGAAAGAGAUGUUCGUUUGGUAUAUGAAGGACAAAAUGCUCUUCAUCAAAUGAUCAGCAACCUUCACUCUAAAGUUGGUGAAUUAACAGUACAAGUAAAUACACUAUACACUUUGGUAACAACAGAUCAUAACCAGAUUGGACAAGUGGUUAGACAUGACCAAACCAUCAAUAGACAAGAAGUGAACACACUAAUAAAUAUGCAACAGCAACUCAGUUCUAAGCUGCAAGAAAUCAGCAACUUAAUGAGUCAAGGAGGUAAUAUGGAGAGAAGAGAUGUUGGUGACUCAGCUGGCGUUAAUUCUAAACUUAGUGACAUGCAGAAUGCAAUUGAAUCACUAACACACUCAGUCAAUAGUGUGGCAACUAAACAACAAAUGAUGAGUGGUCAAGAGAAAAAAGAAUGCCCCCCUCCCUCACCCAUGCCACAGUGUAUAGGUCCAGGAUACUUUGUGGUUUUAAUUGUGGCCCAGUUAAUUAUGCUGAUUGGUUACAUUGGAUACAAAAAUCAAAAGGAGGCGGCUGCCAAGAAAUUCUUUUAGGAAUUUUUGUUAAAUUAUCUUUGACAUGUUAGUCUGUAUUACAGGCUUGGGCGGGAUGUUUGGAAUGAAAUGAAAAUAUUACUGUGUGACCUUUUACUGUACUAGCACUAAACUGCAGCACAGUGUCCACGAAUUCAACAUACUAGGAGAUAAAGUUCCAAUUGAUAGGAGAUUUUUUAACUUUUGUGCCACAGAAAGAAUUUAAAAGUUGGCUACCUCAUUUUUUU